AUGCUUCCUGCGAGGCGGUUGCGCCUUAUAUUGGGCAGGGCGUUGGAGGGACUCCCGGUAGUGCAUUCCCCGUCCUUCGAGUUGGGCGACGAUUUACAUGAUUAUCUACUUAAAAGCUAUAUGCGAGAAACCGCCACAAAUGAGAGACUGACGGAACUUCUUUCUUCGGUUUCAUCCCUUGGAAUUGCGUCGCAGGAAGACUGGUUACGGCUGAAAAAACUCGCUUUUUCUCAUCUACCUGAGCUUUCAUGUAGAACUGUUAAUAGACUUUUUGCCCUGCUUGUGGAAAAGAGCGUUUGUGGAAAUGUUGAAUGCGUAAGAAUACAAGAUAAAUUGGCUCAAUUAAAUUUCUCAAAAAAUCUGAGGGAUCAUGAAUGCUUAGAAACGCUUCGUUGCAUCGCCAAUGUCGGUUCCCGGCUGUCGCCUAGUUUCAUACCCCAAGCUUUAGAAUCCAUCCAAAGUUUGGUGAAGCAGUGUCAAGCAGAGUUGCUACCGACGCUAUCGUACACUAUCGGAAGACUUCUGACUUCAAAAGAAAAUAAGGGAAUUCCGCCUGAGGUCCAGCACUCCCUCCUGGAAAGCUUGCUUGUAAGGGUGGAAUCAAUUGACUGUAUGCUGCUGAGUCAAAGCGAAAUUAUUUACCUUUUCUGGUCCUUAUCUGCGUUUUGUUCACCUAUUGUGAGAAUGCGAACAGCUUAUAUGAAAGCUUCUGACGCACUGCUGUUGCGCGGGAUUGUGUUAGAAGAAAUAAAAGAUGCUGCUCCCAUGGAUUUACUGUUACUACUCUGCGGUUUAUGUCCUCUGCUCGAGUGCUCCGGCGUGGGGAACGCAAUACCUCCGUCACAAGAAGCUGGACUCAUAGUGGGUGUGUUGACCGAUCACCCUGAGAUUAAAGGAACAUCGCAUGGAUUUCUUAAGCGCUCAUUCAAGCUGCUUGAUUUAGUACUAGCUUCUUUUAUUCAACGUGUCGCUCGUGGGGAAGUACAAAACCGUAAAGUUUCUUGUGUUGUUUUGGAGAUGCUUACAUGGUCUGAUACAACUAAUGUGUCGAAAAAUGCGCAGAUUUUGUUUCAUCUGCUCCUUCGCACGCUUCUAUAUGGUGAGAAGGGUAUCUGGUUCUGUGAUUCGAAGCUAAACAAGCUCUCUGACGAAGAUAACCAACAAACAUUGGUGAAUUAUUUUCUUUUCGACCGGCGUGUGAAUUUUAUGGAAAUUAUUACAACUCGCCUAAGUAUGUCUAUACUCUCUUCUGUACAUCCGCGGAGCUUUGAAAAGGCUUCUGUCCGAGAGAUAAUUGUGGUUCUAGAAGCCUUGGUAAAUGGAAAUAUUUCUGCGAGUGUCAAAAAAAAUAUUUGCAGGUAUGUGUAA